AUGUGCAUAUGGUGGGCCGCCGGCUUCGUGACCGCCGCCGUCCGCAUCGUCGACGACGGUGUGGACGGCCUGCCGAUGGAAACCCGAGACACUGGAACGAGCUUCUUCGAAGAGGUCGUGCGGUCGCCGAAGCUGCACGCGGGCCUGUCCAUCGGGCACACGCUGAGCUGUGUGGGCCUCUUCGUCAGCAUCAUUCUGCUCUGCAUCGCCAUGGGCCUCAUGAAGGGGGAGGACUCGCCGGGCCACGCGUACCUGUGGCAGAACGCUGUGUAUCUGCUCUCCGCAGUGGCCUACAUGGCGGCGGUCGCCGCCUGCGGGCGGUCCCCGCCGAAGAUCCGGGACGCGGCGCUGCCCCCAGAGGCGGGCGAGUUCGCCACGUGCCUGGCGCUGGACGUGGCGGCGGCCGUCGCGUUGGUCGUGUGCUUCCCGCACCUG